UCCGAGCCAGAAACAGCGAUACCGAGCCAGGAGGAGCGAGGACGCAGAACUUCCCAGAGACCGGCGUCAACAUGUUGCCAUCCCUGGGGUGUGACCAUGCAGCUAGGCCCAGCCCUGGUACUAGGGGUGGCCCUGUGCCUGGGGUGUGGCCAGCCCCUGCUGAAGGCCCCUGAACGCCCCUUCUCCGUGCUAUGGAAUGUACCCUCAGCCCGCUGUAAGGCUCGCUUUGGUGUGCACCUGCCACUCAAUGUCCUGGGCAUCAUAGCUAAUCAUGGCCAGCAUUUCUAUGGCCAGAACAUCACCAUCUUCUACAAGAACCAUCUCGGCCUGUAUCCCUACCUUGGGCCUAGGGGCACAGCUCACAAUGGGGGCAUUCCCCAGGCUGUGCCCCUUGACCGCCACCUGACACGGGCUGCCAACCAGAUCUAUCACAGCCUGCAACCCAGCUUUGCUGGCCUGGCAGUGCUAGACUGGGAGGAGUGGUAUCCACUCUGGGCUGGGAACUGGGGCCGCCGCCGAGCCUAUCAGGCAGCUUCCUGGACUUGGGCACAACAAGUGUUCCCCGACCUGGACCCUCAAGAGCAGCUCCACAAGGCUCAUACUGGCUUUGAGCAGGCGGCACGUGCACUGAUGGAAAAAACCCUGCGGCUGGGCCAGGCAUUGCGGCCCCAUGGGCUCUGGGGCUUCUAUCGCUACCCAGCCUGUGGCAAUGGCUGGCGUGGUAUGGCUUCCAACUACACGGGCCGCUGCUGUGCAGCCACCCUUGCCCGCAACACCCGACUGCAUUGGCUCUGGGCUGCCUCCAGUGCCCUCUUCCCUAGCAUCUACCUUCCACCCAGACUGCCACCUGCCUACCACCAGGCCUUUGUCCGACACCGCCUGGAGGAGGCCUUCCGUGUGGCCCUUGCUGGGCACCCACAUCCCCUGCCUGUCCUGGCCUACGCCCGCCUAACACACCACACCUCUGGGAGGUUCCUGUCCCAGGAUGACCUCGUGCAGACCAUUGGUGUGAGUGCAGCACUGGGCGUGACCGGCGUGGUGCUCUGGGGGGACCUGAGCUUCUCCACCUCUGAGAAGAAAUGCUGGCAACUCCAUGACUACCUGGUGGGCACCCUGGGCCCAUAUGUGAUCAACACAACCAGGGCAGCCAUGGCCUGCAGUCACCAGCGGUGCUACAGCCAUGGGCGCUGUGCCCGGAGAGACCCAGGACAGAUGGAAGCCUUUCUGCACCUACAACCAGAUGGCAGCUUUGGAGAUUGGAAGUCAUUCAGCUGCCGCUGUUACUGGGGCUGGGCUGGCCCUACCUGCCAAGAGCGCAGGCCUGGGCCUAAGGAAGCAGCAUAAAGCCACGAGUCCCUACCCCUACUUCCUCUUUUCCCUGCUGCCACUUUCCUAGUCCUGGAGCAACUCUGUCCCACUCCUGCUCUAUUCAGCUUACAGGCAGUCCUCCCAAGCACACACUCCACUUCCAUCCUGCUUCCGUUGGGACCCCUGAAGGGUAGAAAGGACCAGAAAAAACACUUAUAAAACCAGAGGCCUGGCCGGGCGCGGUGGCUCACGCCUGUAAUCCUACCACUCUGGAAAGCCAAGGCAGGUGGAUCGUUUGAGCU